UCAUUUGUAGCGAAUUUCUCAAUAGAACUAACGAUAUCGCGUCGCAAUAUGAGUCACUGACUGACCUCUACACUAUUGGUCCACCACAUAUCUGAAUGGGGAGGCAGCACAUGGGACCCAUAAGUUCUAGUUCUGAGUAGUCUGGAAUCCACCGGCUUUUUGUACGCUAUCUAAACUAACGCAAUGUGUUUAUUAAUGGAAAGUGUCGUCACUUGUGCGAGUAUCUUUCGAGCUGUCCAUGUUUCACAAUUCGAAUUAGUGCCUCCAGUUACCGCGCAUUCUUCGCUACUGCGCUCUCGCCCGGAAUAUCCUUGCGAAUCGAUUUUAUCCUGGCUUUUGUUUAUGUUUUGCCGCCUUGUAGAAGUGACAUAAAAAACCUAAAUCUGUCAAAGUCGAAUGCAUUUCGCGAAUGCAGUCCGCUGAACGACGGGAGUGUCAAUGACCGCAAAAUAGAGGAAGUGGAUUAGCAACCCUUUGUGGGAAUCCUUGCUGGUAUUGGUGGAAGCCUUGAGUGCCAGGAGUUAUUUUGACAAGUUCGGAAAGUCAAGUUCGGUCAACGUCUCUAAAUUUAGCUUUGGCUUCUGAACCUCUUAUCAAUCCGUAAUCAAAUGAUUUUAAACAAAAAGUUUCAGAAUAGCUAGAGGAGCUGACCCUAGUCCAAAUUGACAAAUUCGGGAUACAGUGAUGGUAUCGUAACCCCCAAAAUUUCAACUGAUACGUAGUUGUGUUCGUCCACAGGUGCAUUCGUCUUUAUAAUACGUGAAAUCGUUAGUGGUGCCGGGGGUAAAUUUUUAGUGAUUUAAAAGUGAACUCAAUAUGGGAAAUAGCCACAGCGCUGAAGAUAAAAAUUCGUCGAUUUCGGGCGGUGGCAAAGUCCGACGAAAAAGCAAAGUCUUCGGUCGGUUCGGGGGAAAGAAGGCAAAGGAUACAAGUGGCACUUCAGAUAGGGGUGAAGGUCAUUCUGAGGGAGGCGAAUCGAAAUCAGCUGAUCAUAGCACCGCCAGUUUCGAACAGCUGGUGGAAGGUAGCACGGAUUUGGAUAGUGCACGGGAAGCUCUUUCCAUAGAUGUUGCAAGUAGAGGUUCCAAGCGCACUUCGGCGCAAAAGCACGCAAAGCGACCUGCACCAAUUGCACCCCAAAGCACCUCUGCCGCCUCAAAGCCUACCUGUGCAGAACAAACCAUCGAAGUUAGUGGCAAACCAACAGUCACAAAAGGUGACCACGUGUCGUUGACCUCAUCACAAGACCCACUCUUCUCUGCCAGAACUUCAGAUCCAAAUUCGAGCUCUACAAAUAGUCAGCUGUUGGUAAUCGGAGAGGCUAUAGAUGGAACCCCUUCAACAUCCAGUCAUGAUCUCAACACCAGGGGAACCCCUUCCAAUAGCUCUAGAUCUGCGCCGGCAAACCUCUCAUCACCUUCUAAAGCCAGUCAAGUCAGACUUCCAACGAGCCACUCACCGACCACAAUAGAAUCACCGUCAACAUCAGAAAGAGCAGCAACAACAACAACAACAAGAACAUCCCCAACAUCAACUACGUUGAUAUCAACAUCGGCAACAACAACACGGCAGAUAAGCAACGCGGCCGGUGAAUUGGAACCGCCAUUGGAAGUGGAAGCAACAGAACCCAUACUAGUGCACAGAGUUCCCAAGAAUAACAACAAGAACGCCUGUGAAGAAGCAACUGGUGAUUCCGACGGGAAAUUGGGGGCCUGCAAUGCCGCGGCCGAUUACAUUCCACGGCCAGUCACUGAAACAGCUCAAAACGCGUCGUUGUCGCCAUCUUCGGCGUGUUCGCUCGAAAAGUUAGCCAGCUCCCAAGUUAUCGAUCAGAAAUCAAAUCGGAAAAGUUUUAUUGAAAGUCAGCCCGUUAACGCGGAAGAGUUCGCGGAAAAUCGCAAAAGUGUAACCGCGGGUGAAAAACCUCCCCUGGGAAGUCAGUGCGAGAAGAGGAAGCGUCAUCCAAGCAAAAGUAGUGUUACUAACUCCGGGAGGGAGAUAAUCAUAGUUGAAACGGACUCGUGGAGAACUGUGGAGUCUCUGGCCGGUAGCAUUCGCCGUGGGUCAACAAGUUCAGAUAAUCUCCAGAUUGGCUCAAGUGAUGUUGUUGUAUUACGCGAACAAACGACGUCCUCUAGCUCGGACUCGCUGUUUACAGACCCUCUAACACCUGUGGGAUUUGCGGCAGAGAUUAAUCAGUGCUACGUAUCCGAAGAGGAGAACGUUUGCGAUUCAGUCGACGAAGAGACCCUUCGAGAAAUCACCAAGGCCGCCUUAGCAUCCCGAAAUUAUUCUCGUAACACUUCCACAGAUGCCAGUAAACCAUCGGGCAAGGUGUCGCCCGCCCGUAAAAACACUCAGCAGACUCUAUCCAACUUAAGCGUUAGCGAGAUUACUUAUCUUACCUUAGACGAGAACAGUCCUCCUUUAGACGUUCAGGACGAAGACAGUAACGUGAACUCGAGUAAGGGUGGAAGUGGGAAGGACCUGGAUACAGAGAGAGCUGAAGAAAUGCCAAUACAUUUUCGUAACAAAAUUUUGCCAUUAGUUGGCAGUGGUGGCACGAACAAUACUAAUGGUAACACUUCCGAGGAAAAAAAUGGAAGUAACGAGCCGGGAAUUUUCAAUGUCGCGAAAGCUAAAAAGGUUGAAUUGCAGAAUUUGUCGUCAAGAAUACCGGAUACGUGCAAUGCCAUAGCUCCAGCAGAUUCGACAUCAGGAAAAACCUGCUCAUCAAAUGACGCUCAGCCAUGCGUUGUAAUUUCGAACUUAACGGGAAGAACAUCGCCGACAACACCUACAACAACGGCACCAACAACUCCAGCCGUUUUUAAAGCACUUUCGUCCGAAUCCCUUGAAAACCCAGCGAACGAUGUAAAUACCGAAGCUGGGAAGGGAGCCUCUUUGAACACUUCGACAGCUCCAACAACGCCAACAGCUCCGAUAGUACUCUCCAUGUCAGCAACAAUGGCUCCAGGGGUGGCAGCAUCUUCGCCCGUUCAAUCUGCUGCCGGUGAUGGGAACGUCCUGAAGAAGGUGGCAUCUUUUAUAGUUGAAAGGUCUAACGGCGACAACACAGCAGCAAAACGCCCAUCUCAUGUUCCUGAAAAAUUGAAUUUCGCCGCUUGCGAGAAAUUUGAAGGACAAAUGCUGAUGAAAUGGCUCGUGACAUCUAUGCAGGGCGCCGGGAGCAUCCUGAACGAAAUCGACCUAGCCGCCCUGGCGCAACAAUGCUGCGUUAACCUUCUGAUAGCAGGCGUUAUCAAACCAAUAUGUGAUAAACAACAAUCGACUGAAGUGGAAACUUUCUACCCAUAUCAUAUGUAUCAAUGGUCUCAUACCGAGCUUCCGCAACCAUCACCCAAUACGCCUGGCAAACUGGACACAGGAAUAGUUUGGCCAUUCUCCUCCACACCAUUUCAACCUAAGACUCGACAGCUCGCAGAUAAAUCGCCUAAAGACGUAACAACGAAUCAGACCCACGCUGACAUUUCGUACGCUAAAUUACCACAAAAUUAUCUUAGGGAAUUAAAGAAGCAACUAAUCAACUGUGAUACUGUUGACGAAAUGUGUCGAAUAUUUGAAAUGGUUUUAAGGCUACGACGAUCCGAUAGUGCCGUAGCGGAUAGCGAUAAGGAUACAACACGCUCCGUACCCUUAAACGAUCUAUUAAAUGAGACUGACGUAACUAUAUAUGAGAAUCGGGUUGGCCUUUCGGAGCAACCGACUAGAAGGAAACUAGAAUUAGAGCACCAGAAAGAGGACAAAAUUAUCCAAACAAGUUUAUGUGAUGCACAAUCCAAGAAGGACGUAUUAGUGGAUAAGGAUACACAAACUGAGGACAAUAAUGAUAGAGACGAGAAUAAGUUGGAAAAAGUUGCUGAAAACAGUGGAGAGGCUAACGAAGGGAAGGUGAAGCCAGAAGAGGACUCACUCGAAACGAAAAAAAUAGGUCCUGUGCUCACUUCUGCACCACCUCCACCUCCUCCUCUGCCGCCACAAUUAGAAGCAGCUGGGCCACCUCCUCCACCUCCACCUCCGCCUCCGCUUUCUUCGGCAUUACCGGCAUCACCUCCUCCCUACGUACCGCCACCACCACCCCCACUUCCUGGCGUAAAUAUGUCUGCAGCUCCUGCACCUCCGCCGCCACCUCCUCCACCAGCCGGAGAUUUGCCUCCACCUCCUCCUCCUCCGCCGAUGGCAGCAACUGGUCCACCACCGCCGCCGCCUCCUCUAUUAGCUGGAAGUCCAAUUCCGCCACCACUUCCAUCUUCAAGCGGACCGCCGCCGCCACCUCCACCAGCUACCGGCAGCUCUGGAUCACCUAUUCCACCACCACCAGCGUUAAUCAUGCCCGAUGGAUCGCAUCAACCAAACACUUCAAUGAAAACGCCACCAGUCGGGGGGCCGCCUCCAUUGCCAAUGCCCUUGCCUGGUGGCGCUUGGUUCCAAGCAGCCAACACAAUGCGAAAAAAUGCCGUGAAUCCGCCUAAGCCAAUGAAACCACUCUAUUGGACCCGCAUCGUGGCCCCCAAACCGAUUUCAGCCCCCGAAUCAGCCGAAGCAGCUGCGGUUUCCCCCAAAGAAAAACAUCUCUGGCAAGAAAUUGAUGAAACCAAUCUGGACAACAUUGACGAAUUCACGGAACUAUUCUCGCGGCAAGCUGUUGUCCCCAAAGCAAAGAAAGAGGCUGCAAAGCCAGUGCGUAUAAAGACAAUCAAAGUUUUGGAUAGUAAAAGAUCUCAGAACGUAGGAAUCUUUUCGAGGAGUCUGCAUGUCGACUUUGCAGAAAUAGAGCAUGCAAUCUACCAUUGCGACACAUCCGUUGUGAGCCUAGAAGCACUGCAGCAUAUCAUGGAAAUAAAGGCAACUCCGGAAGAAUUGGCCAUGAUCAAGGACGCCGCACAAGGUGAUAUUCCUUUAGAUGCUCCUGAACAGUUCCUAUUGAAAAUAUCUGAGAUAUCCUCAUCUGCAGAAAGAAUCUCAUGUAUAGUCUUUCAAGCAGAAUUCGAAGAGGGUUGCAUUCAAAUAUCCCGAAAACUUCAGAUCGUUAAGCACCUCUCAGAGUUCUUGACUGAAAAUGAGGAUGUCAAGCUGUUGUUCUCUAUUAUUCUGACGCUAGGGAAUUACAUGAAUGGUGGAAACAGGUCAAGAGGUCAAGCAGACGGCUUCGGACUGGAAAUUCUUCCGAAACUAAAGGAUGUGAAAUCGAAAGACUCAAAAAUAACCCUUCUUCAUUUCAUUGUGAAAACGUACAUUAGCCAAAGGCGAAAGGAGGGCGUCCCGUUACCUGAAAUAUCGCUACCAGUACCUGAACCAGGAGAUGUGGAUCGUGCAAUAACUGUCGAUUUCGAUGAAGUCAAGCAACAAAUCAACGAUUUAAGUAAAAAGCUUACAAUUUGUAAAAAUACCACGGAAAAAGUUAUCGCAUCAUCCGAUCCAUCGAAUGUUCAACCGUUCAAAGACAAAAUGGAGCAAUUCAUCGAAACAGCAUCCCGGAAAAUUGAAAAGCAAUUGAAAAAGCUCAAUGAGUGCCAGUCGAUUUUCAUAAAGAUGAUGAAAUUCUAUCACUACAUCCCAAAAUCUGGAUCCUUGGACCAGUGCACGCCCGGGCAGUUCUUCGAAUAUUGGGCGUCAUUCACAAAUGAUUUCAAGGAUAUCUGGAAAAAGGAAAUUACUUUGCUUUCAAGCGAAUUGUUAAAGAAAAUGAAACAACAAAAUCUCAACGUUCCCAAAGCCAGUCAAAAGGUCAAGCCUGGAAGUUUGAAAGAACGCCUACAGAAACUCAGUAAAAAGUAGAAUUAGGACGGCAUGACUCCAAUAAGUUACGGAAAAUUCCAACCGGCAACGAAGAAACUCGCAUUUACCUUUACUCAACAUUGCCCCGUGUGGAAGCAACGCUGCUACGCUAUGUUUGUAUAUAGUGUAACUAGGAUUUAUUUAUAACAGAAAUUAUCUUGUCAAUAACAUUUAAGGAAGUAACCUUACGUACAAUACGUGUAUAUUUAAGAUAGAUGUAGAUUAUGAGUGAGGAAAGGAAAUCAAAUUCCCGAAGGAGCAAUAAUAAGAUGAAUAAAGGCAAUAGCUUUAUGUAUUUAUUAUUAAAUCGUACAAAGUAAUGAAAAUGAUGUUAUCUUUCUUAUAAUGCUGUACUAAUAAAUCUAAAAAGAAAUUACGUGUUAUGCCUA